UCGGGGUUAAAAAAAAGAGAAAAAAAAGAGAAAAAAAAGAGAAAAAAAAGAGAAAAAAGAAAAAAAAGAGAAAAAAAAAGAAAAAGAAAAAAGAGAGUGGCUGACGAAUACCUUCCUCCUCGCCGCACUACUCACCAAAUGUACAAAAUGAGAACGGAUAUUCCGCUCGAACAUGGAAAGAUGCACCACCAUCAUUUCUGUCUUUUGUGCAUUUUGUGAGUAGUGCGGCGAGGCCCUAAUGGCAUACUCAUACUAGGACUUUUUGCACCAAGCUCUGGACGUGAUUGCGGCCAGAUUCGUCCAUGUCUUGCCCUAAUUACGCUCAGAUUCAUUUAAGGAAGUCCUACAGUACUGUGAGUAUAUGCCCUAAGAUCGAGUAUCAACUAUAGUAUCUGUUGUGAUCAGUUUAAUAUCUGAUCUGCGGUCCAGCGGGCCACGUAAAAAAAAAACAAAAAGAGGGUGGCUGACGUGUCGGCGGUAGAAAAGUCGAAGAGAGGAGGGGAAGCGUAGCUGACGUGUCGGGGGGGGAAAAACAACACGUGGGGGCACAAGUGGAGAGAGAGUGGGUAGUAAGUAGUUGUUGACAUCAGCACGAAAUUUUGAAGAGGAGGGGGAAAGCUACUGACGUGGCCGAAGAGGGGCAAGGAGCAGGUCAAGAAAAAGGCCCGCGAAGAAAAAGAAGCGAUGGCAAAGCCAGGGGACCUCGCGUACAAGGCCGUCACUGCAGCGCUGGCCAUCACCUCUGUUGUUCUGGGAGUGAACGUUCUCGCGAAUGUGGCCAAAGGGAUUUCCUUUCAUCAGUCGAAGCAAGCGGAAGCCAACAAGGCGCAGCCAUCUUGAAAAGAGAGAGAGAGAGAGAGAGAGAGCGAGAGAGAGAGGAUGUGGAGGUCUUGACUAGAGAAGGAGAAGAAGUUGGGAUCCCGAUGAGAGGAGCAGGCAACAGUGAGGAACUGGAGGAGGAGGAGGUGGAGGAGGAGGGUGGGGAUGAGACUUGGAAGGAAAGCAAGUUGGGAUCGCGAUGACGGCAAACAAGUGAGGAGGGGGUAGUCGCUAUCAUCAAGGGCGAAAAAGAAAAAAAAUCAGGUCGGAAUGAGAUUGUCGGGAUGAGGUUGAUUGUUGGGAUCCCAGUGGAACUACAUUUACUAGUAAGUCGCGGCCAUGUUCAAGAGGGAGAGGGGAGAGAGAGACGACGAGGAACAGAGAGAGAAGAGAAGAGAAGAGAAGAGAAGAGAAGAUACGAGACGAGAAACAGGUCGGCCGGGAUCCCAACAUGAUCCCGACGCGGACGGCAACAGUGAGGAGGAAGGAGGGAGAGGUGAGAGCACGAAAAGACGAAAGACCACCUUCUUCUUCUAUGUUGUGUCGCGAUCGCAACCUGGGCAACGGUUCAGAUCCCGACUCCUCUUUCGAUGAAAGCUUUUCCAUCUCUUCUCUUCAUAAGCAGCAUUCGUCUGCCAUCGGGAUCGCGACUUUGGAUAGCCCCGAUCAUCAAGUGGCGAUCCCGAUGGCAGAUACAGCCAUAACUCUUGGAGGCAGGGACCCUCGCGUCCGAGUCUCACGACGUUGCCAGCAGUUGGCGAAGAAGAAGAACAACUUCGCUGUGGUACGAGUGAAGGGAACCGUUUGCCAGUCGUUAUCAUCGAUGGAGUGUUUACGAUGGAGGUGUGAGUCGAGGGCGAAGCUCAACGAGAAGAAGGCUGGUGGGGGUAUCGAAGCGUUUGGAGCCGUGAGUGGUAGUCUUCAAGGUUUUGUUACGACGAGUCGCAGCUACACAAGUUUGACUUCGAAGUCGCUGGUUCGAGCUGGCGCUAUGCAACAGGGAGGAAGCGGCAAAGGUGGCGGUGGGAUCAAUCUGAGGGGAUUGAAGAAGAAGAAAGAGUCGCGGCCAUACAUGUGUACCAAUUGCGGGGAGAUCCAUGCUCAGUGGUUUGGCGUUUGUAAUUAUUGCGAGGAAAUGAACAGCAUCAAGCUAGUGCCUGCUGAGUUCUUAGAUGAUGCGCCGGGCAGCGCUGGGGCAAAAGGGGGUGCAAGAGGAGGCGGCGCAGCUGCGCGUGCUGUGGCGAAAGUUGCAGCUGCAGCGGAUCUGCAGAGCAUCGCAGGAAGCUUCGGUGCAGAGAAUCCUGAUGCUUUAGGGCUGAACGGGGACACGGCAAAGCGAUCGGAACAGGGGAGGAGUGCACAGAAUGGGGGCGGAGGGGGCUGGGUGAAUAACAUGAUAGCCGGACCUCGGCGGCUGAUUGAUAUUGGGAAGGAUGGGCUGCGGGGCACGAGGAUGAUCACUCUCGGCGGGCCGAAUGGCAGUGAGCUCGCCCGUGUGUUGGGUGGAGGGCUUGAACCUGGGUCACUCGUUCUUGUUGGUGGUGAUCCGGGGGUGGGGAAGAGCACCCUUCUUCUCCAAGUAGCCGGGCUUUUGUCGGAGGGAGAGAGGCUUGUCAGCACAGAUAAUGUCAGCGCCGGAACGUCGAUGUCCCCGGUCCUUUACGUUUCCGGGGAAGAGAGCGCUCAACAGGUUUGCUCACGCUCCGAGAGAAUGGGGAUCAAGAGCGAGAACCUGUUCCUUUACAGUACCAACUCUAUGGAGAUGAUACUCGAAGCGAUGGUGAAUCUGAAGCCGCGAGCCGUAGUCAUUGACUCCAUUCAAACGGUCUACUUGCAGGAAGCGACCGGGAGCGCGGGGAGCGUGAGUCAGGUGCGAGAGUGCACGGCUGCGCUCAUGCAUGCGGCGAAGCAAAGUGAUACUCCCAUCUUCCUCAUCGGGCAUGUGACCAAGUCUGGGGACAUCGCGGGCCCAAGAAUUCUUGAGCACAUGGUCGACGUAGUGCUGUACAUGGAGGGGGAGAGGCUGCAGUCCCACAGGCUGCUGCGUUGCGUAAAGAACCGCUACGGCUCAACGAACGAGGUCGGGGUCUUUGAGAUGAUGGAAGAGGGGCUUGCUGCAGUUUCCAACCCUAGCCAGCUAUUCUUGGGUGAUAGAGAUGGCUAUUUGGACGCGGGCGGCAGUGAGAGGAAGAACUGCAACGCUGCUGCUGGUGCAGUUGGGGUGGUUAUGGAAGGAACUCGGCCGCUGCUCGUCGAGAUUCAGGCCCUGUGCUCGGGUACUAGCCAGCCUCCUGGUCGACGUGCGUGCACGGGGUACGACCCUAUGCGUCUACAUAUGCUCCUUGCCGUUCUCAACAAACAGGUCGGAAUGAGGCUGUGGAACCAAGAUGUGUUUGUGAAUGUGGUCGGGGGCCUGCAACUCAGAGAGCCGUCGGCAGAUCUUGCUGUGGCCAUCGCUGUCGCAGCAAGCUUCCUCGAUAAGCCCAUCCGUCGGAAUGUGGCGUUCGUCGGCGAGAUUGGCCUCGGAGGCGAGUUACGGUCGGUAGGACAGGUAGAUAGAAGGCUGGCAGAGGCAGCCAAACUGGGAUUCCAAGAAUGCAUCUUCCCAAAGGUUGACGCGAAGCGCCUUGGUCGAUCACUGAAUUCACAGACGUUGAGCCACCUCCAAUCCUCGUCCGACGUUCGACACUUUCCUUGUGGGCAUGUCAAGGAGGCUAUUUGUAGAGCUCUAGAUAUAGAUGCCAGCUUGUUGACUGUCCGUACGCGCAAACAGACUUAAUUCCUCUUAAGCUACCCGUCUUUUCUGCAGCUACUUUGUUCCGACGUGGCGGUUAACCCGCCGCCCGCAUUGCGGGGGGCUCCGGGCCUAUUAGACGGAAAAAGGCUGGUGCUUCCAGGCAGAGACAGACUUGAUUCCUCUUAAACUACCAGUCUCUUUCCCCCAGCUGCUUUGUUCUGAUGUGGCGGUUAACCCGCCGCAUUGUGGGGGGCUCGGGCCUACCAGGCGGAAAGGCUGGUGCAGAGACAUACUUGAUUCCUCUUAAACUACCAGUCCCUUUCCCAGCUGCUUUGUUCUGASGUGGCGGUUAACCCGCCGCAUUGUGGGGGGCUCGGGCCUACCAGACGGAAAAGGCCGGUGCUGCCAGGCGGAAUGAUGCAAUUUCGCUCCCAUGCCGGUUUGCUCUUUUGUGGCAUGGCGGCAGGCAAACAGUUCAAUUUUGCACCCACUCCAGUUCAUUCCUUUUUGGCGCGCCGCGUUUUUGGGGGCUAGCCCCCCCCCCAGAUGGAAAAAGGCUUGUGGCACCAGGCACAAAAGGUCGCAAUUCCGUGUCCCAUAACUGGUUCGUUCUCUCUUGGCAUGUGGCAGAAAUUCGGUUCGGAAAAUAUCGAGGGUUGGAUGGACUGGUGGUUAAGUCAGUCAUCCCCUGUUUUUUUGUUUUUUUUUGUUUUGUUUUUUUGUUUGUUUCUAUUUUUAAAGGGUCCGUCUGAGGAAUGCUCCUAUGACAGAGCUGAGCAGGUCCUGCUUUUUUUUUUUUUUUGAGCAGGUCCUGCUGACAGUGAGAUAGGUAGGGUAGAACUGUUGUCUGUCUGGUAGAGAAUGGGAGAGGGGAGGUGAUUCAGCUGUUUUGCUUGGUGGACGAUGAGAUUUGUAGAGCGUCAUGUAGAUGCCAGUUCUGUGAGUCCUUCACUCAACCUAUUGACUGCUUAAGGCUCUACCGUCUUGGCGCGAAAAGAACGCCCGUCGCCGCGUCUACACUGCAAGUUGCACCAAGACUGCAUGUUGCACCAAAUACAAAUACAAAUACAACUAUAAUGAAAGUUGCACCAAGAC